CUAUUGUAACCAACUUUUCUUAUUUGCUGACUGUUACAGAUUUCAAGUAGUGAAUAUAGUCAAGUGUCACAUUGGGCAAGAGCACAAUGAAGAAGCAUGGACACUAUUGGCAAUGCUGUCAGGCUACAUCACUAUCAAGAAUGUUGCUUUUGCUGUUGACUACUUUGAGCAACACUGCCAGAACACAGCAGAGGUGGGAUCAUACACUCUGCUGCAAGUGCUGAAGGUACUAAGCAACAGUAUGAAACAUGUCCCUGCUGAUCGUGCUGAGGACCUGCACCAGCAACUUCUCUUACCUCUUUCGUCAUUUUCUGUUGGAGCUGAGCUCAUUUCCUCUAUGAUGGAUGCUGUCACACUCCUUACAUACACUCUCCAUGGUGAUGAUAUAGAAAGUGAGUUGGAAAAUUUUGCCUUCUGUUUCGAGUAUGAAUGUACUUAUUUUAAUGGUAGACUUAACCUUUGAUACAGUGAAUAUUGAUAUAAUGAAACUUUAAGUCUCUUGAA